AGAAGCAUAGUUCCCUUGUUGCAUCAUCACUCCACCCCACUCUCUCUUUCAUUUAAGUAAAGGGGAAACAACCAGCAAUUGUUCAUUCAAAGACGUUGUUGGGAGCUUUGAUAACACACUUGCAGGAAGGACAGACAGAAAGGACUAAAAAUGGCGACCAACAGUGUGGGGCAGUUGACCAACUCAACGCAGAUAGUCUUAUCAGACAUUGAAAUCUUCAAUAUAUUCAUAUACUUUGUCGUCUUUGCUCUGGGUAUUGUUGGAAAUGGGCUCGUCAUAUAUGUGACUGGCUACAAAAUGAAGACGACCGUCAACUCCAUUUGGUUUCUCAACUUGGCGAUUGCAGAUUUCAUCUUCAUCUUAAUCAUCAUCCUCUACAUUGUCACUGCCUUUAACAAGGUUUGGCUCUUUGGUGACUUCAUGUGCAAGUUUGUCUCCUUUGUGACGGUGCUAAACAUGUUUGCCAGCAUUUUUUUGCUCACGGCUAUCAGUCUGGAUCGAUGCCUGUCCACCUGGGUGAUUGUUUGGGCUCAAAACAAACGAACUCUGGUCAAAGCCAGGAUCAUCUGUUCACUCAUGUGGGUUUUAUCCAGCGGCUGCAGCAUUCCGUUUGUUUUGUGCCGCUCAGGAGAGAAUAAUCGAUGUGCCUAUGAAUGCUCUAUAAACAUCUUAAAGUCUCUGUUCAUAUACAGGUUUAUAGUGGGCUUUCUCAUCCCCUUCCUGAUCAUUGCAUCUUCAUACAUUGCUAUCGGAGUGCGGGCCAAACGUCUCAAAAGAGGAAAGAAACUUAAGCCUUUCCGGGUCAUUGUAUCUGUGAUCCUGGCCUUUUUCAUAUGCUGGUUUCCUUUUCAUGUUCAACAGCUGUCUUUCAUAAUUGCAAAUUCAAAUGGGUGGAGUGACGUUGAAAAUGCGUUCAUUAAAAUAGGACCAUUUGUUAACUGCCUGGUUCAUCUUAACAGCUGUCUGAACCCCAUUCUCUAUGUGUUCAUGUGUGAGGAGUUUAAGAAGAAGCUCAAACAGUCUCUGUUGCUGGUGCUGGAGACGGCUUUUGCAGAAGAACAUCUGCCUUUCCGAACGUCUCGCCCUUCCACAUGUUCACGCCUCUCAGAAUCACAAGGUCUCAAGCAGACAAACGAAACGACCAUAUCAUCAUGUGGCAGCAGCCAGGACAACAAUGCAUGCUUUUAGAAAAUUUGUCUCAGAGAUAUUCAUUCCUUAUGUUAGAUUGAAGUGAUCGGAUAAAUCACAUUAACAAGCUCUCAACAUCGCUGCCUUGAUGUCUGCCAUCUCAUGCCAGAGGUUCAAAGCCAAUUUGUGUGAAAGACAAUCUGAAGUUUUAAACAUUGCAAUUUAUGUGCCAUCAGUGUCAUCAAACUAAAAAAAAAAAAGACUUUUCAUUGUUGACUUUCACGUGCCCCCAGUUUUCAUUGGCUGGACAAACUGAUAGCCCCGCCUCAAACUCACACCAUUGGUCGGGUCAGUGUUGCUGCUUCUAGUUGGGUUGAAAAUUAUUUGUUGUUCAUGCUUUUUGUGGAAAACCUGCAAAUGAUUUAUUUUAUACUUGUCUUUGUUUAUUAAAGUGGCUUUGUGGAAAUAUUUUAACAUUGAAAAAUAUUUUCAACAGAUAUUUUUCUGUUUUAUAUAUCCUUUUCGCUGACUUGUUUUACACAACCUUUUAGUCAGAUUGUAAUACUGCCAAUUUAAUGCUAAUAUCUAUUUUGCAAUGUUUAUUUACGCACCAAAACUGAAGAUAAUCUGUUUGAAACAUUCUGUCUGUAGUCUUCCUCGGUUUUGUUUUAUAAAUACAGUUUUUAUGCAAUUUCUGUCUGACCUUUAUUACUAGACAUAAAACACAGACACAGCAUUCUAUCUAUCUAUCCCCACAUGAUCACAUUUCAGUGACUUAUAUAUUAACUUAGAAACCUGGAAUUAGGUUUCUUGUGCACAUUUACCAGAACUGAGCCAUAAGCACUAUUACCAAGUCUGGCAUGUGUUUAUGUAAUAAAAUCAACAAUGCAUUAAGCAGCUGGCGUUACUGAAAUACAUUUCCUCUUACGGCAAAUGCUACUGAAGCAAGUGUUGAAAGCAAUGUGUGGAAGA